GCUGAGCCAGAGGAGCUGAAGAUGAAGAGCAGUCUGUCUCUGGCGGCGGCUGCCUUCCUGGCACUAAUGCUGCUGUCCUCCUCUCAGGCCCAGGACCAAGUUGACCCUCCAUCAGAUUUGAGGUUUAAGAUUUUAAAUGAAAACACAGUGCAAAUGAUCUGGACCAGACGACAGUCGAGGAUACAGGGCUACAGAAUACAAGUGACCUCAGACACAGAUGAACCAACAAAAGAAUUUAAUCUGCCUGCGUCUGCGACUAAGACCUCCAUCUCAGACUUGAGUCCAGAUGUGGAUUAUACCGUAACGAUAACUGCAUACGCCGGAUCAGAUGAGAGUCUGCCCAUCUCCGGCCAGAUCACAAUCGAGUCAAGUGGCAGCUCGAGAGGAACUUCCAAGAAACCAGACGCUUCAGACUCAGUCAAAUGCUCCACGGGUGCCAUCGCUGACGUGGUAUUCUUGGUGGAUGGCUCAUGGAGCGUGGGCAGGCCGAACUUUAAAUUCAUCCGCACUUUUAUCUCAUCGGUGGCCGGAGCCUUUCAUAUCGGAGAGGAAAGGACCCGUGUGGGCGUGGUACAGUACAGCAGCGACACCCGGACAGAGUUCAACCUGAAGGAUCACCUGACGCGACCGGCGCUGCUGCGUGCCAUCGGUUCACUGCCGUACAAAGGAGGCAACACCAUGACAGGCGACGCCCUCGACUACCUCUUGAAAAACACUUUCACCGAGGCAGCCGGUGCCAGGAAGGGUUUUCCCAAAGUGCUGGUGAUCAUCACAGAUGGCAAAUCUGAGGAUGCAGUGGAGACUUACGCCAAGCAGCUCAGGAACAGGGGGGUGGAGAUCUUUGUCCUCGGGAUCCAACAGGCCGAUGAAGAUGAGAUGAAGCUUAUGGCCUCCGCCCCUUACAGAAGUCACAUCUAUAAAGUCGCCAACUUCGACACGAUCAAGACUGUACAAAAAGAGCUCAUCACCCAAGUGUGCGCUAGCGUGGACGAUCAACUCAACACACUCGUCAGCGGAGAAGAAGUCGUUGAGCCAGCCUCUAACCUCCAAGUCCUGGAGGCAGCCUCAAAGUCCAUGCGGGUUACCUGGGAUUCCUCCAUCGGCGACAUUUCAGGAUACAAGCUGCAGUUUAUCCCCAUGAUGGCCGGCAUGAAACGGCAGGAGCUGUACGUGGGGGCAAACCAGAACUCGGUGGUGGUCAGAGACCUUUCUCCAGACACUCAGUACCAGAUCAGUCUGUUUGCACUGAAGGGCCUGCUGCCCAGCGAGCCCGCCGUAGCCAUGCAGAAGACGGAACCAGUUAAACUGUCACUUGAAUGUUCGCUUGGGGUGGAUGUUCAAGCUGAUGUCGUCCUCCUGGUUGACGGUUCAUACAGUAUUGGUCUGGCCAACUUUGCUAAAGUAAGAGCUUUCCUGGAGGUGCUGGUGAACACCUUCGACAUCGGAAUAGACAAGGUCCAGAUCAGCUUGGUCCAGUACAGCAGGGACCCCCACACCGAGUUCUACCUGAACACUCACCAUGACUUGAACGCUGUGGUCAAGGCUGUGAGGACUUUCCCGUACCGAGGUGGCUCCACCAACACUGGCAGGGCCAUGACCUAUGUGAGGGACAAGAUCUUUCAGUCCGGCAGGGGGGCACGUACUAACGUUCCCCGUGUUACCAUCCUCAUCACUGACGGGAAGUCGUCAGAUGCCUUCCAUGACCCGGCCAGCAAAUUGAGGAAUGCUGAUGUGGAGGUUUUUGCAGUUGGUGUUAAGGAUGCUGUACGAUCUGAGCUUGAAGCCAUUGCCAAUGAGCCUGCAGCGACCCAUGUGUACACCGUGGAGGACUUUGAUGCUUUCCAGAGAAUUUCCAAAGAACUCACACAGUCCAUCUGCUUGAGGAUCGAGCAAGAACUGCGCAAAAUUCAGCAGAGACGACUGGUCCAACCUAAGGCCCUGACCUUUUCAGAGGUGAGCUCCCGAAGCUUCAGAGCCACGUGGGAGAUAGACUCCACCAGUGUUGAGUCCUUCUUAGUUAAGUUCAAGCCUGCAGAUGACAGCGAUGCACAUUUUGUGUCCAUGUCUGUUCCUGGAGACACCCUUACUUCCGUCCUCCCCCACCUCAACCCGGUUACCCGCUACGAAGUCAACAUUUACGCUCAAUACGACAGCACAGACGCUUCAGACAGCUUGCCUGUGACCGGCUAUGAGACCACGUUAGAAGAACAAGGCCCAGUGCGCAACCUGAAAGUAUCUGAAGAGACGACAGACAGCUUCCGGGUGACGUGGCAGCCAGCUCCAGGACCCGUCACUCGCUACCGCUUGACCUAUGAACCUGUUGGGGAUGAGAGAUCGCGGCAGGAGACGACCACCGCUGGUUCCGAGACGACGAUUGUACUGCCCAAUCUUCAGCCUCAAACCACCUACCGCGUCAGCGUCACUCCUGAAUACCAGUCCAGCUCUGGGGAGCCGCGCCAGAUUGACGGCACCACCAAAGAAGUCAAGGGUUCCCCUACUGACCUGAAGGUUUACGACGAGACCGUGUCCUCCAUGAAGAUCUCCUGGGAUCCGGCACCGGGUAAUGUCCUCCAGUAUCGUGUGGCGUACAAACCCUCCGCCGGCGGCCCCAAAAAGGAAGUGUCGGUGAAGGGUGACAACACGGCGACCGCCCUAAAGAACCUGCAGCCGGGCACCGAUUACGACAUCUCAGUCAGCGCACGAUACGUAUCCGGCCUGGGCGACCCUCUGCAGGGACAAGGAGCCACGCUAGAAGAGGUUGGCCCUCCUAAAAAUCUGGUCACCAGCGAUGUGACCGACUCCAGCUUUGCAGUGUCCUGGACGGCGGCUCCCGGGAACGUGAAGAUGUACCGCGUUCGAUGGAAGUCGCUGUUUUCCGAAGAGACUGGAAGUAAAAUGGUGCCAGGAGGUGAAACCAACACUGUGCUGGACAGUCUGAGCCCGGAGACCCUCUACCAGGUCUCUGUGGUCGCAGCCUACGGACACAAAGACAGCGACCCACUCACGGGACAGGAAACCACUGAUGCCUCUGCUGACGGUAAAAGGCUGACCGUGUCAGACGAGACCGAGCGCACCAUGAAAGUUGCGUGGACGCCGGCGCCAGGCAAGGUGGUCAACUACCGUCUGAAGUAUGCUCCCGUUACUGGAGGCAAAGACGUGGUCCUCAAGAUCCCAGGAGGCGUCACCUCAACCGUCAUGAAGCGCCUGCAGCCUAUGACCACUUACAACAUCACCGUUCACCCCAUCUACAAGCGCGGGGAAGGAAAAGCAAGGCAAGGAGUAGGAACGACACUGUCGCCCUACAAGUCUCCCAGGAACCUUCAGACCUCAGAACCCACCAAGACCAGUUUCAGAGUCACAUGGGAUCCAUCGCCGGGAUCAGUUAGGGGAUACAAGGUGACGUUUCACCCAUCUGGGGAUGAUGUGGACCUUGGGGAGCUGCUUGUCGGCCCCUAUGAUAACACCAUUGUUCUCGAGGAACUGAGGGCAGGAACAAAGUACUCUGUGGCAGUAUUUGGGAUGUAUGAUGGAGGACAGAGCAUGCCUCUGUCCGGAGAGGAGAAGACGACUCUCUCUGACGCUCCUGAGCCUCCUAAUCCCGGUCUUUCUGGCAAGCAGUGUGAGACCAAUGCGAUGGCCGACAUCGUGCUGCUGGUCGACGGCUCCUGGAGUAUCGGCCGCAUCAACUUCAAAACCAUCCGCAACUUCAUCGCUCGCAUGGUCAGCGUGUUUGACAUCGCCCCUGACAAAGUCCAGAUUGGUCUGGCUCAGUACAGUGGAGAUCCGAAGACCGAGUGGCACCUGAACGCCCACGCGACCAGGGAUUCCCUUCUUAAUGCCAUCGCCAACCUGCCGUACAAAGGAGGAAACACCAUGACAGGAAUGGCUCUGAACUUUAUCCACGAUAACAACUUCCAAAUCAACGUGGGAAUGCGUCCCGAAUCCCGUCGAAUCGGUGUCCUGAUCACUGACGGAAAGUCCCAGGACGAAAUCGUCUUCAACUCGCAGAAGCUGAGAGAAGCCGGCAUCGAGCUCUACGCUAUCGGUGUGAAGAACGCCGACGAGAAUGAGCUGAAGUCCAUCGCCUCCGACCCUGACGAAAUUCACAUGUACAACGUCAACGACUUCCAGUUCCUGGUGGACAUAGUUGACGAACUCUCCAACAACUUGUGCAACAGCGUCAAGGGUCCAGAGACCGUACUGGCGCCGCCCACCGACCUGGUGACUUCUGAGGUGACCUACGAAUCCUUCCGUGCCACCUGGACGGCGCCCGGCAGUCCCGUGGACAAUUUCCGCGUCGUUUACAUGCCUGCGGCCAAUCCCACACAGGAGCUGACGGUCGACGCCACAGUGUUCACCGUCGUGCUGGAGAACCUGAACCCAAAGACCGAGUACAUCGUCAAUGUCUUCUCCGUCAUCGGCGAGCAGGUCAGCGAGCCUCUGAAGGGCACCGAGACCACCUUGCCGCUGCCAGCAGUGAAUUCCAUGGAUGUGUUCGAUGAGACCAUGAGCACCAUGAAGGUGCGUUGGGUGAGAGUGGAGAAGGCCACAGGCUACAUGCUGCGGUACAAGUCCGUCAACGCCUCAGAGCCUCAGCUGGAGAAAGAGGUGCGUGCCGGAGCCGAUGCGAAUGAUGUCCAGCUGGUGCAGCUGAUACCCAACACGGAGUACUCCAUCAAUCUGUACGCUCUGUACGGCGAAGCUGUCAGCGACCCUUUGAACGGGAAAGGAGUCACCUUGCCCAUUCCUCCUGCUGGAGACCUGAGGGUCACUGAUGUUACUCACAGCACCUUGAAGCUCAACUGGGACGCUUCUCCCGGAGCUGUCCUCAAGUACACGGUCACCUACAAACCAGAUGGCGGAGAACUCAAAGAGGUCGAUGUCAACGGUGAUGUCACGACACUGGACCUGUCCGGUCUAUUCUCCCAGACUGAGUACGAUGUGGCCGUUACCCCAGUGUACGCCGAGGGACCUGGAACCCCGAUGCUCGGAACGGCUACCACAGGUGUCGUUCCUGCCCCCAAGAACCUGAAGUUCUCCGAGGUGACCCAGACCACCUUCAAAGCCUCCUGGGAGCACGGAGCCCCCGAUGUGGCCCUUUACCGCAUCGGCUGGACCAAGAAGGGAGAAAGCGACUUCAAAUUUGCCAUCCUGAACAGCGACGAGACCACCCACGUUCUGCCCGACUUGGACCCCGACACCGACUACGACGUCACGGUGACGGCCAUCUACCCGGACGAGUCGGAGAGCGAAGACCUGAUGGGAACGCAGCGCACUUUAUUUGUCUGUAUUCUCCCAGUGCUUCCAGAGCCUCCUCAGAACUUGAGGGUUUUCAACGCCACCAUCAACACACUCACGGUGAAGUGGGAUGCCCCACCCGGCCCCGUCAAGAGCUACAAGCUCACUUACGAGCCCACUGCUGGAGGAGACCCGAUCACAAUUCAGGUCGGAGGGAAGAAGACCACGACUGUCCUGACGAAGCUGGAGCCCAACACACCGUACACCGUCACUUUGGUGGCCGUCUAUGAAAUCGGCAACAGCAAAGAAAUCAGCGGAGAAGGAAAGACCAAGCCUCUGGGUGCAGUGAAGAACCUGCAGGUGUUGAACCCGACCAUGACGACGCUGAACGUGCGCUGGGAGCCCGCCGAGGGCCGAGUGAAGGAGUACAAGCUCGUCUAUGUUCCUGCAGCCGGAGGAGCUGAGAGCAUGGUAGGACUGGAGACGGUGUCAGCAGGCACCACUAACAGCAUCCUCCGAGGCCUGCAGCCGGACACCCUCUACACCGUCUCUCUGGUUCCCGUUUACGCCGAGGGAGAAGGAAAGACCAUGUCGGAAAAUGGAAAGACAAGACCACUGGGAGGAGUGAAGAACCUGAGGGUGACCGACCCCACCAUGACCUCCCUGAAUGUGAAGUGGGACCCGGCUGAUGGCGCUGUCCGCCUGUACAAAGUCUUCUUCGUGCCUGCCGCUGGAGGCCAAGAGGACAUGGAGCAAGUUCCUGCAGGCACCACCACCAUCAUCCUGAGGAACUUGAUGCCUGACACAGUAUACACAGUGUCCGUGUUACCGGUCUAUCCGGCCAGGGAAGGAAAACGCCAGUCAGACAACGGAAAGACACUGCCUUUGGGCGGAGUGGGAGACAUGAAGGUGACCAACCCGACCAUCACCACUCUCACAGUAACGUGGAAUCCCGCUGACGGCAACGUUCAGGGCUACAAAGUGAUCUACAUUCCUGCCGAUGGAGGACUGGAGAUUGUGGAGCAAGUGUCCGAAAGCACCACCAAAGCCGUCCUGGACAAGCUUCUACCAGACACCCGCUACACCGUCACCGUGGUUCCCGUCUACGCCGAGGGAGACGGGCCGAGCCUGACCGACAGCGGCAAGACGAAGCCGCUGGGUUAUGUGAGGAACCUGCAGGUUACCGAUCCCACCACCAGCACCCUGAACGUCCGCUGGGACCCCGCAGAGGGAAAAGUGCGGGAAUACAUCGUGAUCUGGGCGCCGGCUUCAGGAGCGGGAGAGCAGGAUGUGGACCAGGUGUCUGGAACUACCACCUCCACUGUCCUGAAGGGCCUGGACCCGGACACGGAGUACACCGUCACCGUGGUGCCCGUCUACCACGAGAUGGAGGGCAAAUCUCAGUCCGCAAACGGAAAGACAAAUCCUUUGGGUGGAGUGAAGAACUUGCAGGUGACCGACCCGACCAUCAGCUCUCUGACAGUCCGCUGGGAACCCGCAGUGGGCAACGUCCGAACCUACAAGCUGUUCUACGUAGCUCAGCCAGGAGGAGAAGAACGAAUGGAGGAGUUAUCAGGAGGCACCACCAGCACCAUCCUGAGGAACCUGGACCCCGACACCGUCUACAAUGUGACCGUUGUUCCCGUCUACCCGGACACGGAGGGCAUACGGCAGAGCGAGAACGGAAAGACAAAACCGCUGGGCGGGGUGAAGAACCUCCAGGUGACCGACCCCACCACCAACUCCCUCAGGGUUCGAUGGGAGCCGGCCGAGGGCGACGUCAGGCAGUACAAAGUCAUCUACGCCCCUGUGAACGGAGGACCUGAGAGCAUGACUCAGGUAUCGGGAAUGACGACAAACACGAUGCUUAGAGACCUGAAGCCGGACACCGAGUACAAAGUGACGUUGGUGCCUGUUUACCCCGACGCCGAGGGGAAACACGUGUCGGAGAACGGCAAGACGAAGAUGCUUGGCGGAGUCAAGAACCUGCAGGUGACCGAUCCCACCACCAGCUCCCUCAAGGUGCGCUGGGAGCCGGCGGAGGGCAACGUCCGCCAGUACCGCAUCUUCUACGUGCCUGCAUCCGGCGGCGCUGAGGACAUGGAGCAAGUAUCAGGCGGCACCACCAGCACCACACUGAGGAACCUGCUGUCAGACACUCCCUACACCGUUACCGUGGUUCCCGUUUACCCAGAGGGAGAAGGUCUGCGCCAGUCUGACAACGGAAAGACACUCCCACGGAUACCACCCAGGAACAUCCAGGUGUACAACCCAACCCCCAACAGCCUGAACGUGCGCUGGGAGCCCGCCACAGGCCUGGUUCAGCAGUACCGAGUCACUUUCAACUCCCUGAGCGGAGCCACAUCCUCAGGCUCGGUCCUGGUGUCAGGAAAUAUUAACAACGCCUUCCUGGACAACCUGAUCCCGGACACUCCUUACUCAAUCACCGUCGCACCUCUGUACGCCGACGGCGAGGGAACGCCCGUGAACGGCAACGGCAAAACACUGCCCCGUGCCGGUCCCAGGAACAUGCGUGUGUUUGACGCCACCACCAACACCCUCACCAUCGGCUGGGACCACGCGGAGGGUCCUGUGAGGCAGUACAGGAUCGCCUACGCUCCCAUGACCGGAGACCCCAUCACUGAGUUUACUGUCGUUCCUGGGAACAGAAACAACGCCAUGCUGCAGAAUCUGCUCCCCGACACUCCCUACAACAUCACAGUAGAGGCCAUCUACGCCGAGGGUCCCGGAGGAAAUCUGAACGGCAACGGACGCACAGUCGGCCUGCUGAGUCCAAGAAACCUUCGCGUCUCAGACGAGUGGUACACCCGUUUCAGGGUGGCCUGGGACCCGGUGAACGCUCCCGUCCAGGGAUACAAACUCAUCUACUCGCCUGAAGGCUCAAACCAGACCGUUGACUUCUUCGUGGGCGACGUGACCUCUUACACUCUGCACAACCUGCUGCCUGGAACCACCUACGAUCUCAAAGUGAUCGCUCAAUACACCGGCGGCAUGAGCGCCCCGCUCGAUGGGCAAGGAACAACAUUGUACCUGAACGUGACCAACAUCGAGACCUUCAACGUCGGUCACGACAAGUUCUGCAUCAAGUGGGCUCCUCACAGAUCGGCCACGUCCUACCGCAUCAAGCUGAACCCCUUGGACCCCUCCAGUAAAGGACAACAUGAGAUCACCAUCCCUGCCGGGCAGCCUCAGUACUGCUUCGACGGACUCUCUCCUGACGCUCUGUACAGCGCCACCGUCUUCGUUCAGACCCCGAACCUGGAGGGACCAGGAGUCAGCACCAAAGAGAGAACCUUGGUGAAGCCGACUCCGGCUCCAACGCUCCCACCCACCCCGACCCCACUACCCACAAUCCCCCCUGGAUGGGGAGUUUGCAAAGGUGCCAAAGCAGAUGUGGUGUUCCUCAUCGACGGCUCCUGGAGUAUCGGCGAGGAGAGCUUCCUCAAAGUCGUGCACUUCGUCUACGGCAUGAUCGGCGCCUUUGAUGUCAUCGGACCCACAGGAAUGCAGGUGUCAUUCGUGCAGUACAGCGAUGAAGCGAAGACAGAGUUCAAGCUGAACGCCUAUCAAGACAAAGGCAUCGCCAUGGCUGCACUUAAUUACAUCCAUUACCGAGGAGGAAACACCAAAACAGGAGUGGCUCUGAAACACACUUAUGACAGGGCCUUUUCUUCUGAUAAUGGCAUGAGGAGAAACGUCCCCAAGGUGGUCGUAACGAUCACUGACGGACGCUCUCAGGACGAAGUGAAGAAGAACGCCGCCAAGCUGCAGCACGCAGGUUACAGUGUUUUUGCCAUCGGUGUAGCAGACGUGGAUUUCGUUGAGCUGCAGGGGAUUGGAAGCAAGCCCACCGACAGACACGUCUUUGUCGUGGACGACUUUGACGCUUUUGACACCAUUAAAGAAAACCUGAUUACGUUCAUUUGUGAAACAGCAACCUCUUCCUGUCCCUUGAUUUUCCUGAAUGGAUUCACUUCACCUGGCUUCAGGAUGCUCGAGGCCUUCAACCUGACGGAGAAGACCUACAGUUACACUAAAGGCGUCUCCAUGGAGCCCGGCUCCUUCAACAGCUACACGGCAUACAGACUCCACAAAAACGCCUUCCUGAAUCAGCCCACAACAGACAUCCACCCUGACGGUCUUCCCCACGCCUUCACCAUCAUCAUGAUGUUCCGCCUCCUGCCCGACACGCCCACCGACGCCUUCGACAUCUGGCAGGUGUCAACCAAAGACCACAAGCCAGAAACCGGCGUCACCAUUGACCCCUCCAGCCAGACUGUGUCAUUCUACAACAAAGACGAGCGCGGCGAGAUCCAAAGGGUCACAUUCGACGGCGAUAAAGUGAAGAAGAUGUUCCAUGGAAGCUUCCACAAGCUCCAUAUCCUGGUUUCAUCCACCGCCGUCAAACUCAACAUCGAUUGCCAAGAAGUGGCUGAGAAGCCGAUCAAGGCCGCGGGGAACACAUCCAGCGAUGGCUACCAGGUUCUCGGCAAGAUGUCCAAGUCCAUCGGCUCCAAGGGAGAAUCAGCGACAUUCCAGCUCCAGAUGUUUGAUAUUGUCUGCAGCUUGGCCUGGACCAGCAGGGACAGAUGUUGUGACCUCCCAUCUAUGCGAGAUGAGCUGAAGUGUCCAUCUCUUCCAAACUCCUGCACCUGCAUCUCAGAGAACAACGGGCUCCCAGGGCCUCAGGGACCAGUGGGUGCACCCGGUAGCAAAGGUCCCAGAGGUGAAAGAGGAGAAGCCGGAGCUGUUGGACCGAUGGGCCAACGGGGAGAUCUCGGACCACCUGGGCCCAUGGGCUUGCCCGGCCCUCAAGGACCAAGCGGGCUGUCGAUUCCAGGAGAGGCUGGCCGCCCUGGACCAAAGGGAGACGCCGGUGACUCUGGCCUACCUGGACAGAAAGGUUCACCUGGGCCUCCCGGUGGCGUCGGACCGAUCGGACCAGCUGGAGUGAGGGGCCCUCAAGGAAAGGAGGGACCAGCUGGACCCAGAGGCCCCGCAGGGACAAUGGGACCUCCAGGAUCUCCAGGAAUACAAGGUUCUGCAGGAAAACCAGGAAAUCCCGGAGACUCGGGCACUCCUGGCUCUAUGGGUCCCAAGGGAGACAAAGGAGAGAGAGGCGACUUUGCUCCUCAGAACAUGAUGCGAUCCAUUGCCAGACAAGUUUGCGAGCAGCUAGUAAACGCACAAAUGACUCGUGUCAACACGUUACUGAACCAGAUCCCCAACGGCAUGUACCGUAGCAACCCCGGCCCUCCUGGCCCACCUGGAUCUACUGGCAGGCAGGGACCCCGCGGAGAGCUGGGCGCAGCAGGAAGGAACGGCUUACCCGGAAGUCCAGGUUUACCCGGACAGCCAGGAGAGAGAGGUACUUCAGGAGAGAAGGGCGAACGAGGAACAUCAGGAAUCGGACAGAAAGGACCGAGAGGGCCCGCUGGCCCACCAGGAGAUAGCAGGACAGGAUCUCCAGGCCCUUCAGGCUCUGCCGGACCUCGUGGUCCCCCCGGACGUCCCGGUUACGCCGGAGUCCGCGGGCCUCCCGGACCUCCUGGAUACUGCGACUCUUCUCAGUGUGUCGGUAUUCCUUACAAUGGGCAAGGAUACAUAGGCCAAUAUCCAUCCGAACCCGACACCCAAGUAGUCCCAGUCCCCGAGGAGGAGGAGGAUGAUUGGCAAAACCGGCGUCGAAAGAGAUCACUAUCAAGAAAGGCAUCCAACAGGCUAACAUCAUAAGACAAGCCACGUUCACUUUUUCCUUUUUCUUUUGUUUUUUUUGUUUUUUUUUCAACCUGUGUUUGUUGUUGGAAUAUGCACAUUAUACACAGAAAAAAAGGGGUUUGACACCUCGACUUUAUUGGGAAAAAUACCUUUAAAUGCCUUAAAACGUAUGUGAAUAUUCAUUUUUGUGGCAGGUGAAGGGCUUGGACAAAGGGAGGGAGUUUGGGGGGCGAUUGCUAAGCAAAAAAAAAAAACUUUUUUUUUUUUUUUUUAAAUGGAAGAAAAAAAAAUCCAUGAAAACCUGUGAGCUUUUCUUUUUCCACUUGUCUUUUGCUUGUAACAUAUUUGCAUUGAGUUUGUAUUAACUAGCAGUGUUGAACAGUGCACUCAUUGUAACAAAGCUAGCGAUGGUAGUGGAGGGAUGAAAAUGUUUGUUGACAGUGUUGGGACAUCAGGUGAGAAAUGAUUAUUGUUUUCUGUCACAGUUCAUCCAGUAUGUUAAAUAUAACCCUUUUCAUUCAGUGUCGUCUUCCAAGGAGGUUCAGUUUCAUUAUGGCAGUUAAACACAGCUUUCAUUUUGUAUCUCUAGACUUAAUAUUUAUCAGUUUUCCUUUAUUCCGUCACAGCUAAUUUUACCAAAGGUAAUUGCAUGUCUGUGGUGUAUAUUUAGUACAUGUUUUUGUUUCAUUUCAUUUUUGUUUUUAACCAGAAUAUAGUUGUUGUCAUUCUUGUCAUUUUCUCAGUAUCGAAUGCAGUCAAAGCCUGCAUGCAACACUAUGGAAAUGGUAUUGCUGCUUCUCGUUUCAACUGCAGAUUGUGAAUUCCACAGCCUUAUUUUCUUAUUUAUUUCUGAAAACAGAAGAGGCA